UUUUUAAAUUUACAAAAUUGUUGCGGAAAAUUAUUAUGAAACAAAAAGAAAACAAAAUUAUCGGGAAAAUGCUUAAAGCGUAUGCCAGUCUGCUGCCAUAAAUACAAUAAAUCUUAUGAAAUAUUCAUGUGCGUGCGUUGCUCUGACACAUCAAGCACUAAAUUUGCAUAUGCGGUGUGAGUGCCAAGCCUGUCAAGUUAUAGUGUUGUCAGAGAUUGUGUUGUUGUAUGUUGUUUCGCGUGCUGAGUUAUUAUUGCCUACGCAUACACUUACAUACUCGACGAACAGACAACGGUUUACAGGCCUUAUAAAAUAUUUAUUUAUUUUUUUGUUAUGUCAGCCUAGUUACUCCUAGUGAUGAUGUAUUGUGUUUGUGUGUGUUCAUAUUCUGUACGUGUUUUGUUUAAUAAAAAAUAAAAAAGAAAAAAAAAAAAAUAAUAGAAAAAAAAGGAAACAUAAAGGUUCGCUUGGCAACCUUGUUAUUAAACUCUGCUUUCGCUUAAAAGAAUCCACUUAUAAAAGGAUAACAAAAGGAUAACGACCUAAAACAUGCCCAAUUUGUCGGAUGGAAUUAAUAAUUUACAAGUCAAUAACCAAUAACGAAACGAAUGUUACGAAAGCUGCCGUAAGAGUAGAAAAGAACGCAUUUACAAAAAACAAAAACAACAAAACACCAUAACAAUAAAAAGUUACAACAAGACAAGUAAAUGUGCGAAUAGGAGAAUGUAACUAUUUAGACGAAAGUUCAAUUUAUAGUAGAAUGCGAAAAAGAAAAUUAUGAAAACAUUUAAAGCUUAUAAGAAAAACCAUACAAGUCAUCGGCAUUUGACAAAUGCGUUCGAAAAUUUACAAGAACAGCAACAACCAUACAUAUUAACCGAUGCCAUGAAUGCUGAAAUUUAUACUCAAAGUACUUCAAGAGAGAUUAUGGUAAACCUUGGCAUCGUCAACGACACAGAAGCCAACCAAUCAAAGCUAAUACAUAGGCAACUAACAAAAACAGCAACAAAUAUUUUACCAUUAAUGAUGCCAUCAUCAUCAUCGUCGUCGUCAUCGUCGUCGUCGUCGUCGUCGUCAGAAGCAGUUGCUUUAACAAAAUCCGCAUUAUCAGGUGAAAGCAACAAAUUAAAGGAAAUGCCACGAAACCAACGCUGCCAUCUAAAAAAUACUGACAAGCAAAUGUUUGCCAUGAAUCCAGCUUUGCUAUCAACGGAUAUCAGCUGCCAAAAGACCAACUCGACACCGCCAUCAUCACUGACGUUGUCGUCAUUACCAGCACUGUCACCAUUAACAAUAACAUCAUUCGCUUAUGAUGAAGUUGAUUUGGUGAGAGCAACAGCAACGUCAAGAGCUUUAGCAUCGACAACAACUUCCGCCACAACUAACAGCAGCAGCUAUUACAAUACCGUAUCGUUAUUGUCUUCGUUUUUAACAUCAUUUUCAACGUUUUCUAAACGUAAAAAACCCAACGCUGCCUUUUUCUUUACCCAUCAUCAUUUAGCCAGCAAUUCCAAAACUGCUGUUACCUGGCUAUUGUCUCUCUUAUGUCUGGUAGCACUUUUCGGCUGUGGUCAUGCUGGCUUCGCCUGUCUAAGCAAUCCUUGUGUUUUCGGCGUGUGUAUUGAUGGCUUAAACAGCUCGUACUCAUGCUAUUGCAUCGAUGGUUAUACGGGAAUACAGUGCCAAACAAAUUGGGAUGAAUGCUGGUCGGGGCCAUGUCAAAACGGUGGUACAUGCAUAGACGGUGUCGCUUACUACAAUUGCACGUGUCCAGAUGGCUUCUCAGGAACCGAUUGCGAGGAAAAUGUUGAUGAAUGUAUGUCAAAUCCAUGUCAAAAUGGCGGACAUUGUCGUGACCGUAAUAAUGGCUAUACAUGCACUUGUCAACCUGGCUAUCUGGGAGAUCAUUGCGAAAUUGAUGUGGCUGUAUGCGAGACGGGCACCGGUGCUCGUUGCCAUAAUGGUGGUGAAUGCAUUGAAGGUCCUGGCCUGGAGUUUUCUUGUGAGUGUGCACCCGGCUGGCAUGGCCGUAUAUGUCAAGACGAAAUUAACGAAUGUGAUUCGGCUCCUUGCCAAAAUGGUGGUGUUUGCGUGGAUAAAUUGGCAAGUUAUGUGUGUGCUUGCCCGAUGGGUUAUACUGGUACCAAUUGUGAAGAAGAAAUUCUCAUAUGUGCCGACAAUCCUUGCCAAAAUAAUGCUCUAUGCCUAAUGGAGGAAGGCGUGCCCACAUGUUACUGUGUGCCCGAUUAUCAUGGUGAAAAAUGUGAGUUCCAAUACGACGAAUGCCAACUGGGACCGCGAUGUAUGAACGGAGGCAUUUGCAUUGAUGGCGUGGAUACUUUUUCGUGUUCUUGCCCACCGUUGCUAACGGGCAUGCUUUGCGAAUGCCUAAUGAUCGGCGAAGAUUCACUGGAUUGUAAUUAUACGGCGCCUUCAACACAGGCUACUCCGGUGUAUUCAAAACCCAAAUACAUGCCUACAACGCCUGUAACGGUGAUGUAUUCCAAGCCCAAAUACUUGCCAACAACCCCAGCCUUUCCCAUGUAUACAAAACCGAAAUGGGUCAGCGAAAUAACUACUGCGAAAACUUAUGUAACAACCAUGUUCUUGGGAGAAGACGAUAUAUCUUCAGAAAUUACAAAGUCUUCUGAACAGGCAACAAGUGCAGACGGUGAAUCUCUGGAGAAACCGAUAAUAACGGGGCAAUCGUCAGAGGAAACCAUCUCAAGCACCAAAAAAACUUAUAUAUCCUCCCCUGGUUGGGGCGGAGAUAUAUCCCCGGUUAUUACAGAACCACCGGGAAGUUAUCAGUCGGGCUCAAAGGAUAGCGGUGAGGUAACACAUUCAUCUGAAGUUAGUGGUUCUGUCGAGAUAACGGGCUCAGAGGAAUUUACCACCAUUGCUAAAUUCGAUGAUAGCUCUGACAGUGCGGAAAUCACUACGGUUAAACCCGUUAGCAUAUCUGGAGAUUUAGAUUACACGUCAGGAUCAAAAUCGGGUGAAUUUGUACCCGGAAGUAAAGAAUAUCCCGGAAAAGAAGCGUUAGAUGUAUUUGAACAGCCACCCACGAAGACUUCUUACGUGCCAUCAGUGAUCACAACUUCCAUAGAUACCACCUAUCGUGGCAUUGAUUAUUCCAAACCUACUCGGCCAUCCUGGGUUGCACCUCCUACAUAUUAUCCCACCUUGACUACUUCUCACGCUACCUCCAAACCUGAAAGUGAUUCGCACUUUUCCACCACGUAUUUCACCACGAUAGAAGAACAUUCGGGUGUAGGACCCACUAAAACCAUACCAAUUAUACGACCUGGUAUGCCAACAACAACAACUGCGCCUUUCUUUACCGAUUAUCCCGAAGUAGUCAUCACUACUAAGUAUUACGACUUCGGACAUAAAGAAAAAGAUAAGGAAAUCGGUAUAACUCCGCGACCUCAUAUACCCACAUAUUCGGUAACUACAAUUGGAACGGUGCACGACUACGAAGGUCCUACUAUUACCACUACUGCACCAGGUAUUUCGAUUACGGUAUAUAGCCCAGAAAAUCGUACCUAUCCACAUCACUUCACUACACCAUAUCAACCGUUAACUACAACCACAUCAACGGUGAAAACUUACCACGAAACCACAACACCCUAUUAUCACCCCUCACCAACGUUAACAGCAGGUACUAUAAAACCCGGUUAUCACCCAGAAAUUGCCGUCACCACUGCCUCACCACAGCACUUGUAUACAGAAGACUUAAUUACCCAACGAAUUCCAGCAUCCAUACCUGAAGUAGGUAUCUCUGCAAAGCCUGAUUUUCCAGAAACUGCUACCGAAUACCACCAUACUGUGGUAACAUAUGGUUCCCCUGCCACGUACAAACCAACUAUGAGACCCACUUCACCGUCACUUACAAAAAUGCCAACAAUAUUACCACCAAAGCCUACACUAUUACCUCAACCUACUUUGCCACCAACUUCACCACCAACAUCUGUGACGUUGGCGCCACAACCUGCUUUGCCUGCACAACCAACUCAUUUACCUCCACCGGCAACUUUAUUACCACCACAGCCCACCUAUCCACCACCUGUUUAUAGUACACAUCAAACCGUUAGCGUUAAAAUACCGACUGCGGUAGGAGAAAUUGCUAGUGAAGAGGAAGAUAGUGCCAAUACCGUAAGCCCACUUAUACCGGGCGGUGCUGGCAUAGGAGGCGUAAGCCACACAGGUGGCGCAGGUCCUAUCGACGCUGACUCUCAGGCGGAUUGUAUUAAAAUGGGUUGUUAUAAUGGUGGCACUUGUGUUACAACAUCAGAGGGCUCAAGGUGUGUUUGCCGUUUCGAUCGUCAAGGUGCUUUAUGUGAAACACCCAUCAUCAUUAAAAAUGCAGCGUUUUCCGGUGAUUCAUACGUAUCGCAUCGUAUACAUAAAGAUAUACAACAUCACGAUUCACUGGACACAGUACUGCCGAUGCAUGUACAGUUAAAAGUACGCACACGUGCCACCAAUGGCCUCAUCAUGUUGGCUGCUGCACAGGGCACUAAAGGCGGCCAUUAUAUGGCAUUGUUUUUACAAAAAGGUUUAUUGCAAUUUCAAUUUUCAUGUGGUUUACAAACAAUGUUAUUGAGUGAACUUGAGACACCAGUGAACACGGGCCACGAGAUAACAAUACGCGCUGAAUUAGAUUUCAGCCGCAAUUAUACUCAUUGCAAUGCUUCACUCCUAGUCAAUGAUACAUUGGCCAUGUCUGGUGAUCAACCCACUUGGCUAAAAUUAUUACCAUCACGUAUGCAUUCGCCGGAAGCUAUUUUAAAUACUUGGUUACAUUUAGGCGGUGCUCCUCAAGCCCCCAUCGGUUUAAUAAUCGAACUGCCUCCAUCACAAAGCGGAAGCGGUUUCACCGGUUGCUUGCAUUCGUUACGUAUAAAUGAAGAGACACGAGAAAUAUUUGGAGAAGCUUUAGAUGGUUUUGGCAUAACCGAAUGUGGUUCGUUGGCCUGUUUGUCGAGUCCGUGCCGCAAUGGUGCCGCUUGCAUUAAAAUUGAAACCAAUGAAGUCGAUGAGAAUGGAGAUAAAGUGGAGAAAUGGAAAUGUAAAUGCCCUACCGGUUACAUGGGACCCACUUGUGAAGUGUCGGUUUGCGAGGAUAAUCCAUGUCAGUAUGGCGGCACCUGUGUGCAAUUUCCUGGAAGCGGCUAUCUAUGUUUAUGUCCAUUGGGAAAACAUGGCCAUUAUUGUGAACACAAUUUGGAAGUGGCUUUACCCUCGUUUUCGGGCAGUGUCAAUGGAUUAUCUUCGUUUGUGGCGUACACGGUGCCAAUACCUUUGGAGUAUUCCCUUGAAUUGAGUUUUAAGAUAUUACCGCAGACUAUGUCUCAAAUAGCUUUAUUAGCUUUCCUUGGCCAGACUGGUUAUCAUGAUGAAAAGAGCGAUCAUCUGGCUAUCAGUUUCAUUCAAGGUUAUAUAAUGCUAACAUGGAAUUUGGGUGCCGGUCCACGACGUAUAUUCACCCAAAAGCCCAUUGAUUUUCGUUUGGAUGCUCCCCGCGUGCCUUACGAGAUUAAAGUAGGGCGCAUUGGCCGGCAAGCAUGGCUCUCAGUUGAUGGUAAAUUUAAUAUUACUGGCCGUUCGCCUGGCAGUGUUAGCCGUAUGGAUGUUAUGCCCAUUUUAUAUUUGGGAGGGCAUGAAAUAGCGAAUUUCCAUACUUUGCCACAUGAUCUACCAUUGCAUUCUGGCUUCCAAGGUUGCAUUUACGAUGUGCACCUUAAGGCUGGACAGGUGACCGUACCACUGCAAGAGACACGUGGGGUAAGAGGACGCGGUGUAGGACAGUGUGGCACUAGAGAAUGCCAUCGUCAUGCCUGUCAGCACGACGGUGCUUGCUUGCAACAUGGUGCAACGUUCACUUGCAUCUGUCAAGAGGGCUGGUACGGCCCGCUGUGUGCACAACCCACAAAUCCUUGCGAUUCAUUUAAUAAUAAAUGUUCGGAUGAUUCGACAUGUGUACCAUUGGUCAAUGGUUACGAAUGUGAUUGCCCGGUCGGCAAAACGGGCAAGAAUUGCGAAGAAGCGAUACAUUCGUUAAGUGACGUUUCAUUAACUGGUCGUCGCUCUUAUUUGGCGGUGAGAUGGCCCUACUUUUAUGAAAACUCCGAUAAAUUAGGUUCAAAGCGUUCGCAAAUGAUUAGUUAUCGUAACUUCACCAAAAAACUAAUGCCUCCUAAGCCCAUUAGCUCGGCAAAUCAACACUUUGUGAUGAAACUUUUGAAUGAAGUGGAAAAACAACGCAGUUUCUCUCCCGUACCCUUGAAAACUUAUGAAGAACAUCAUCGGGUACAAUUCUUUUUCAUAGAAUUCCAACUCAGGCCGCUUUCCGAGCGUGGCUUGCUACUCUACUUUGGCACUCUUAACAAUAAUCAAGACAAGAAAAUUGGAUUUGUAUCGUUGUCAUUGCAAGGCGGAGUAGUAGAGUUUCGUAUAUCUGGACCUAACAGCCAUGUGACAGUGGUACGCAGCGUGCGCAUGUUAGCCAUUGGAGAAUGGCAUAAAAUUAAAAUGGCUCAAAGAGGCCGUUGGCUCACCCUUUGGGUGGAAGGAAGUGCUUCCUCCGCGUUAGCGCCUACCGCCGAAGUUUUAGUAGAACCUGAUUCUCUACUUUACAUAGGUGGCUUGAAAGAUUUGUCGAAAUUGCCUCAUAAUGCUAUUUCAGGCUUUCCCAUACCUUUCCGAGGUUGCGUUAGAGGCUUAGUUGUUAGCGGCUCAAGAAUUGUUCUUAAUGAGACGAACAUUAUGGAAUCGCGUAAUAUACGCGACUGUGAUGGUACGGCCUGUGGGGGUGAUUCUUGUGAGGCCGGCGGUCAUUGUUGGUUGGACGAGAAAUUGCAACCGCAUUGCAUUUGCCCUGAAUAUGCCAAAGGAAACCGUUGCGAAUAUUCAGAAACUUGUAAACUAAUACCUUGCAAAAACAAUGGACGUUGUCUAAGAAGCGGUCGCUGUUCAUGUCCCAACGGUUGGGGAGGUUUCUAUUGUGAAAUUGCUUUGGGCAAACCGACGACUCCCAGUUUUCGCGGGAACAGCUACCUAGUACUUCCGCCACAACGUAUACCGAUGAAAGAUAAACGCAAAGGCCCUUCUUUAUAUAUACGACCGCGUGAAGCUUUACAAAUCUCUUUGAAUUUCUCCACCAUUGAACCGGACGGUUUACUGUUGUGGAGCGAACAUGAUAAUACGAAAUUCUUAGGCUUAGGUUUAGAAGAUGGUCAUUUGAAACUGGCCAGCAAUCUAUUGGGAUCAAUUAACGAUACAGUCUCUGCGCCAUCAAGUGGUUUCAUUGCCGAUGGUAGUUGGCAUACAGCCAAAAUUAUAUUAGACCGCGGUCUGCUGGAGUUACAGCUGGACGGCGAAGUGGUAUUCAGUGAGAAACUAGCUUUGGCAGAAAGUUUAAUGCCCAGUACUACCACAACGUCUACGACACCAUCCCCAUAUAGAACACGGACGCGUUCUUCACUGGCCUUACGCAGAGGCAAACAGCCUACCAUCACAUACGAGAAUACUUUCUAUUUAGGUGGUUUCCCCAAUUUGGAUCCUGUGAACAAACGCACCCAAGGACGCUUUGAAUUGCCCUUCAAGGGUUGCCUGCAGGACAUACAAUUUGGAGCUGAGCCCAAUACGUUAAUUAAAGACUUUUCGACGUAUCAAGGAGAAAAUAUUGGAUCCUGCGAUUUGCAUGGUGAUGAACCGAUAGUUGUUGUGUAAACUUUCAAGAGUUUUGCAAAAUCAUUAGAAAAACAAGGGAAACAAAUUUUAGGCAAAACAUAUAAAUAAAUACAUACAUUAAUGCAAAAACAA